CUCUUCAUCUCCCUCACUCUCGACAUGGCACGAUACUCUGAUGUGCAUAGGAUUUUUCUCCAAUCAUUAAUAUCGCGCCGCUUUCUCUCCGAAAAUCUAGCCAUUCAGUUAUACAAAAGAUCCUGCGAGAUCGUGGCAGCUGCUGAAGGGACCGACCCUUCAACCCAGCCUUUCCAAAAUGCACUAGAACUGGUGGCUAAUGCGCUCAGCCCUAUUGGGCUUGAGAUACGUGCGCUUGUGGAUGAGGGUACAAAGCAGAAGAUGAUCGCGAUCGUCAAUACGAAGGGGGAUGCGAUCGCUCAGGUGGCGACCGAGUUCACGCCCAACGAGAUUGCAUACUUCAAACUGAUUGUGGAGUGUAUCAUGCUCGCGCCGUCCGAGUCAUUCUCCCUUUCAUCAAUAGCUGCCAUCAAGGAGAGCACCAAUCUACCGUCGAAAAUGACCAAGACUGAGGCAGAAUCCACUCUGAACGCAUUUGUAUCUAAGGGCUGGUUGUUGAGAAGCAAACGAGGCAGAUAUUCGCUAUCAACACGAUCUAUUCUAGAACUACAGAACUAUCUAAAGUCGACGUUCGAGGACGAAGUACUGGAAUGCACCAUCUGCAUGGAGAUAUGCACCAAGGGUAUCGCCUGUUCCAUUGCGCGCUGCAAGACGCGCAUGCAUACUCACUGUUAUGAGAACUACAAGAUGCUGCAUAGACAUUGCCCAACGUGUAGCUCCCCUUGGGACGGAAAGCGUCCGAUUCCGGUUGGGGAGGAGGCUGUAAAGGAUGGUCCAGAUUCGCGUAGAUCUAAGAAGAGGGUCGAGCCAGAGGUAGUGCAAGAGGAAGAGGAGGAAGAGGAAGAUGUGGAGGAUGCGCAUGAGCAGGAGUUCGAAGAAGAGGCCUCCGAUGAGGAAAUGGAAGAGGAAGAAGAGCGUGCACCUCCCCCAAAUAAGGGAAGACAACGCAAGGCCAAGCACAUGGACAUUGCCACGAGGUUUGUAGAUGACGAGGCUGAAGAUGACUGA